CAACAACAAAGACUCACUCCUCUUCACCAAACACCCACAUCAUCAAUGGCCAUGGCCAUCCAAGCAAGUAUAAUCUCUGGUAAUGAAACUUCAAUUCUUCUCAAAAACGCCAUCAAUGGCCUUAAAAACCCCACAAAAACCCCAUAUACCUAUCUUAAACGCAUUCCUAUGAGAAUCCAAGCCACCCAAUCUGCACACUACCCUCAACUACAAGUCCAAGAAUCAACAAGCAAGCCACACAACAACAACCAAGUCCCCAAAUUCCAAUUCGAAGAGUACAUGAAAACAAAGGCCACAAACGUGAACAAGGCACUAGACGAGGCAGUCCCAUUACAAGACCCAAUAAAAAUCCACCAGGCAAUGAGGUACUCCCUCCUCGCCGGUGGCAAGCGAGUCCGGCCGAUCCUCUGCCUCGCCUCGUGCGAGCUCGUCGGAGGAGACGAAUCGCUGGCAGUCCCAAUCGCCUGCGCCGUCGAAAUGAUCCACACCAUGUCACUCAUCCACGACGACUUGCCAUGCAUGGACAACGACGAUCUCCGACGGGGCAAGCCCACCAGCCACAAGGUCUUCGGCGAAGAAACCGCAGUUCUAGCCGGUGACGCCCUCCUCUCCCUCGCAUUCGAGCACGUUGCGGCAAAAACCAUCGGUGUCUCACCAGACCGCGUGGUUCGAGCCAUUGCUGAAUUAGGUUCAGCAAUUGGGGAAGGGCUGGUGGCAGGACAGAUUGUGGACAUAUGUAGUGAAGGAAAGGAAGUGAAUCUGAGUGAGUUGGAGUACAUUCACGUGCACAAGACAGCGAAGCUGCUAGAGGCUGCGGUGGUGGGUGGAGCGAUAAUGGGCGGAGGGAGUGGGGUGGAAGUGGAGAGAGUGAGGAGGUAUGCAAGGUAUGUAGGGUUGUUGUUUCAGGUGGUGGAUGAUAUUUUGGAUGUGACAAAGACGUCGUCGGAGUUGGGGAAGACGGCGGGGAAGGAUUUGGCGAGCGAUAAGGCCACGUAUCCGAAGCUGAUGGGCCUGGACAAGGCUACUGCGUUUGCCGCCGAGCUUGCUGCUAAAGCCAAGGAAGAGCUUCACUACUUUGAUGCUGCUAAGGCUGCACCAUUGUUCCAUUUGGCUAAUUACAUUGCUCAUCGACAAAAUUAAUCAGUUAAUUACAAUAUUUGGUUUUUAAUGUUGUUGUUUGCCCUAGAGGGAUGUGCGUAGAUAUAUAUAUAUAUAUAAUGUAUUUUUUACAAUAAUUAAUUUUUAAUUUUGUU